UUUGGCUCGUGAACGCACACCGGUACCCGUUAUAGCCGUUAAGUUAGCUACAGUCAUCUCCUAAAGUCAUCGCUCGCGCGCGCCGGAGCCAAACCGUUGGUUCUGUUUUAGCAGAUGAUGUGCGCGUGAAGACGGAGCGGUUCGUACACGGGGCGAGUGAACUUGGGGACUUCUUUUGAACGGUGGGAGGAAAACCACGGCAACCGGACAGCCGUCAUUUGACGAAUGUGUGUUAAACGUUGUCCGGUGGAGCGUGCACCCCCUCCCCAGGCUGCCCCAGGCACCAGCAGGAGAGGGGGAGGACAGAGUGAGCGAGUGAUCGUUUGACCAACCGACCGACCGACAGACAGCUUGAAUGAAGCCACACCUGGUGCUUCUGAGGGCCUUUCCCAUGUUUUGAUUUGUUCCAUUUUUUACUUUGUACACUUGGUUUCACUGAGCCGCUCCUUGCCAUGCCGUCCAACAGUCCCGCUGCCACCGAGCCGCCCCAGACACCAGAGAACGACGCCUCCAAUGAUGUGAGUGAAGAUGGAGCAGACCAGGACAGUCCAGAGGAGGGGACGCCAGCGAGCCCCCGCAACAAGCGCAGAGUGGGCCGCCCUGGCAGGAAACGCAAACAGCUGCUUCCUGAGAUGGCGACCUCUGACCCCUGUGCAAAUGCCCCCCCAACCCCGCCUGAGGAGCCGGAGGCCUCCCCCUCCCCUCGCAAGAAGCGCGGGCGUCGGAAACUAGAGCAAACCGAGAGGAAUAAGGAUGAGCCAGACGACAGAAACUGCGACUCCCCCAGAGAGGGUGAGACUGGGAGACUGCGGAGGAGGCCAGUCCCCAGAGUGACUUUCCAGGCUGGCGACCCGUACUACAUCAGUAGGAGACAGAGGGAAGAAUGGCUCAGCCGCUGGAAGAUGGAGGUGGGAGAGAAUCAGGCGGAGCGGCGGGCGUACAGAGAGGCAGAGAUAAACAUGAUGGACGACCUAUCAGAGGCUGACUUCCAAAAAGAGGAGGAGCCCGCCAGCCCGGCCCCUCCGCCUUCACAGCAGCACACAGACCCCGCCUCCCCGACAGUCGCCGUGACGCCAGAACCCGUUGCCAGGGGUGACCAGGCCACGCCGAGUGAGAUAGAGUACCAGGUACAUCAUCCAGAUGGCCGGGGCUUUGGCAUCGGCACGCUGGUGUUCGGGAAGCUGCGUGGUUUCUCUUGGUGGCCCGGCAAGAUCGUUUCCUGGUGGAUGAGCGGCCGGAGUCGAGCUGCUGACGGCACCCGCUGGGUCAUGUGGUUCGGUGACGGCAAGUUUUCUGUGGUUUGUGUGGAGAAGCUGAUGCCUCUGAGCUCUUUCUCAUCUGCCUUCCACCAGCCCACUUACAACAAACAGUCCAUGUACAGGAAAGCCAUCUUCGAGGCUCUGCAGGUGGCCAAUGAGCGGGCGGGAAGGCCAGUCCCUUCCUGUGAUGUGAGCGAUGAUGCAGAGGGUGUGGACAUUCAAACCAGACAGAUGAUAGAGUGGGCCAUGACCGGCUUCCUACCCAAUGGUCCACAAUCACUGGACCCUCCAGAAGAGGAGCAAAAUCCAUACAAAGGGGUGUACCCAGAUAUGUGGGCGGAGCCUGAGGCAGCAUACACGCCUCCACCUGCGAAGAAACCGCGCAAGAACCAUGCAGCGGAGAAAGCCAAGAUCAGAGAGGUGAUCGACGAGGGGACCAGAGAGAGACUUAUAUAUGAGAUCAAGAAGAAGACCAGGAAUAUAGAAGAUAUCUGUAUCUCCUGCGGAAGCCUCAACGUCUCUCUGGAGUUUCCUCUCUUCGUAGGAGCCAUGUGCCAGGGUUGCAAAAACUCCUUCCUGGAGUGCGCCUACCAGUACGAUGACGACGGCUACCAGUCCUACUGCACCAUCUGCUGUGGAGGCAGGGAAGUGCUCAUGUGUGGCAAUAACAACUGCUGUAGGUGUUUCUGUGUGGAGUGUGUGGAUCUGUUGGUAGGAGCCGGCUCGGCGGCAGCAGCCAUCAAAGAAGACCCCUGGAACUGCUACAUGUGUGGCCCCAGGAACACCUACGGUUUGCUGCGGCGACGGGACGACUGGCCCUGCAGACUACAACACUUCUUUGCCAACAACCACGAACAAGAAUUCGAGCCAGCCAAGUUGUAUCCUCCAGUUGCGGCAGAGAAGAGACAACCAAUCAGAGUCCUCUCUCUGUUUGACGGCAUUGCCACAGGUCUUCUGGUGCUGAAGGAUUUGGGUCUCCAGGUCGACAAGUACGUGGCUUCUGAGGUGUGCGAAGACUCCAUCACUGUUGGCAUGGUUCGACACCAUGGACGCAUCAUGUACGUGGGAGAUGUUCGCAACGUAACCCGCAAACAUAUUGAAGAGUGGGGACCAUUUGACCUGGUGAUAGGAGGAAGCCCCUGCAACGACCUGUCCAUAGUCAACCCUGCACGGAAAGGCCUUUACGAGGGAACCGGCCGGUUGUUUUUCGAGUUCUACCGUCUGCUGCACGAGGCUCGACCAAAACCAGGCGACGAGCGGCCGUUUUUCUGGCUGUUUGAGAACGUGGUCGCGAUGGGAGUCAGCGACAAACGGGACAUCUCUCGCUUUUUAGAGAGUAAUCCAGUGAUGAUCGAUGCCAAGGAAGUCUCUGCUGCCCACCGCGCUCGCUAUUUCUGGGGAAACCUGCCAGGCAUGUCCAGACCUCUCUCACCGAUGGCCAAUGACAAGCUUGACCUGCAAGAAUGCCUCGAGCACGGGCGCACAGCCAAGUUUGAGAAGUUGCGUACGAUAACGACACGCUCCAACUCUGUGAAGCAGGGGAAAGACGAGCAUUUCCCCGUCUACAUGGACAACAAGGAGGACAUCCUCUGGUGUACCGAGAUGGAAAGGGUGUUCGGUUUCCCCGUCCACUACACUGACGUGUCCAACAUGAGUCGUCUGGCCAGGCAAAGGCUUCUGGGACGUUCCUGGAGCGUCCCCGUCAUCAGGCACCUCUUCGCCCCGCUCAAGGAGUACUUCGCCUGCAACUAGUCACACACCAACUCUCUCUCUCUCUGUCACACACACACACACACACACACACACACACACACACACACAUUUACACACAUAAACAGUAUGUAAUGACAGACACACACACAGGUAACUACACGCAGUAUACAGCUAGUACAUGAAGGUUGGUGGAUGCAGGAUGACACGGAUGACUGGACACACACACACACACACACAUAUACAUAUACAUACAAACACACACACACACACAUUGUAAAGAACUGCUUCCCUAGAUCCCAUGUAGACCACUGGCUGACCUUAGUCCCCUGGUGCUACCUAACAGAUUACGACAGACACACACACACACACACACACACACACACACACACACACACACACACUGGUGAAGGGUUUCUGUACUGUGACUCUUCACACACAAACUUUCUGUCCGACCUUGAAACUGAUGUCUUCUGGCUUUACUGUGUCGUGGUGGCAGGAGUUCAAACCUCCGGGGGGCUCUAAAAUGACAAAGAUGCCCUGACUUUUUGUUUUUAAUAUCUCUCUGAAAACAUCAACACACCAAUGAAUCCCUUUGAACCAUAACACUUAACUGUAUCCAUGCAUAGUGACAGUGCUCCCGGUGUAUUAUAGUGCAAUGAACACACACACGCACGCACACACACGCACACACACACAUACACACACAUACACACACAUACACAUACACACGAACAGACACACACGCAUACACACGCACACACACACACACGUACACCAGUUAAUGCUCAUGGUGCUGGUCAGGCAGUGACAAGAGUCCAAAUGGUGCCACUUUAAUACAACACUUUUACAGUUUUUGGUGCUCUUGGAGACUAAAUGGUCUCUGGUUGUUUCAGUCGCUGCAGUUUCGUGUCCCUAACUGAGUCACACCAAAUGAUUACAAGCAGGUGGAGGCAACGCCAGCUAAGAGAGGUGACUGUGAGUUUAUAAGAUGUAUUUAUUUGGGGCAGCGUGCUCAAGAAAAACCAAGGCAGAUAGGAUUGUUAUGAAGUCUUUUUCAACAUGACUACAACUAAAGCGGAUUGUAAUUUUUUCAGUUUCUUGGAGGAAAUGCUGCUCUGGAAGUAAAAAUCUCAGUGACUGAGUUAAACCUCAGUGGACUGAACCAAGUACCACCAAAAAAAGGUUUUCACCUUCACCCGAGGAAGAUCAUUUUUAGCUGAAAUACGGUCAGUGAUGCCUACAACAUGAAAUAAUGAAAUAAAAGUGAAUUUUUGGGCAUGCCACUGCACUUUGAGGUCAUUUCCUCCUUCGUUCAUGUGUGUAACGCAACACCUGCAACAUACAUAUUGCUUAUUUUUAACAGGAUCCCCAUAAGCUUAUGCUGUUGCUGUUGUAAAUAUCAAAUAUUCUAGAUAUUAUCAAGAAGAAAAAUAACACAACCAACAUAAAUAAUAUUUUCAAAAAAAAAAAAUGAAUUGAUACACAAUCUAUAAAAAGAUAAGAGACAAGCCAUAUGGGCGUCCUUGUGUCCUUACGUAAUAUCAUAGCCGUGAUCAUGGUGGAAAGACUUGGAUCUGACAACAGUAACAAUUGAAAGCAGUAUAGACAGAGUGCAUGACAAGGCCACACACUCAUGUUGGGCUAAAACUAUCCUUUGUGUUUGUUUCACACAGUUAGUGUUAGAGGUCACUGAAUGGCUGCAUGUGUCAGGAGCUGCACCCACUGUUAAGUUUCCAUACGCUAACUUCUUUGCUUUCUUAAAACUGUGUACUGUUUUGAUUAUUUCUUGGCGGUUUUUCUGCAAUAUUUUAGGCAGUGAUUGUAUAUUAAGGUUAGCUAAUGCUUUGAUGGUUAUGCUGUGAAAUACUAUACACUAGUAAUAUUAUAACAAUCGGUAUAUUAUGUGUGCUGGUAGUUACUCAGUAACAUUUGUAAAAGUGCUGUUGUGUUGCAUUGAUUACUUUGCUCAAACGACUGUGAUGUUCAUCUUAAUGGUGCAAACUUGGAAUAAUACUGUAUGUCAGUUGACAAGUUACUUUGGUCUCACAGCUGAGGUUGGAUGUUACAGUUAAUGUGGUAGAUGAGGUGACAAAGGACACUAUCUUAAGCCUGAAAAACAGUAACUGUAUACUGUGAAUUGACAAUAUAAGGUAGCCUUUCUUUGUAGCUUUGUUUGUUUAAAUCCAUCAUGAGCGUAGCUUUAAUUUUGUGUGACAAUUUAUGCACUGUCUCUAUAUCUAUCCAAGCUGACACUCCAAAAUCAUGAAUGCCAAUUUGAGUUUAUGAGAUUGUAACUGAAAGAUUUAUUUAUUGUUAAUACAUACUAUAUAUAUCUUAACAUCACUAGGCCGUGAUUUUUUUUUAUUUUUAUUUUCAUUGGUUUUUGACUUUGUAAGCAAUAGGCCCGUGGGCCAAACCUUGCUAUUCAACAAAAACAUGUGGCCUCCCAACAAAAGCUGAAGCUUAACUUUUACAUAAUCCCACAUAAAUCUACUCUAGGUAACAAUGUAGAUAUCUAAAAUAUGUAAUACACACAUCUUAUGCAAUCCUACAACAAACUUAAAUUAAAUCAAAUAUUAAAAAUAUACAUCUCUCUACAUUAUUUUAAUCUUUGGUUUCAUCCAAUGAGGUUUAACUCAUCCUGUGAGAUGGUCUCUUCCUCUAGAGCGACUUUCUAUCUGAGCAAUGUUUUCAAUUCAAUUCCUGCUUGGAAAGUUUAGGCCCACUUAAUUCACUUUAGCAGGAUGGAGAGUAAAGGAAGUGAGUGAGGGGUUCAACCUGAAUCUUUCUAGUUAUCAUACAACAUCUCUUGUGCCUCUGUCCAGGUGCUUUUUUGUGUCUGGUGCUGAGGUUAAAAACAGUGACUAGGGAACUAGUCACUGUCCACCAGCCCUCGCAGUUAUGCUACUACUUUGCGUCAUAGGGAUCCUCCAUUUAUUCUAUUGCAGCGACAUCCACUGAAACCAGAGGCAGACCUUUGUUCUGCAGACACUAUGCUGGUUUUCUACUUCCUUCGACUGCAACAGAUAGCCCUGUAUAAAUGACACAUAUGUCCUGACAUAACCAACAUCUGUCCUGGGUGUUUAUUCUGCCUUUUGAUGCACAAUGCAUGCUGGGAUAAACUCAUCCCUUCUGUGACCUUGAAUAGGAAUAAGCAUGUUAAGUAAAUGGACUGUCAUCCAGUGUGGCGGACGUGUAAACGCCUUUGUGUAGUGAUGUAUGUUUAGUUUAGACGGGGCUGUCUUUGAGAAAAAACAUCUCUUGCAGUCUGGUGCUUAUGGUCCUCAGACGACCAUCUUUUUCCAGGAAGCCUUCUGAUCCCCUGACCUUCCUCAGAUACCAGCUAACAACUGGACACAUGCAUUCUACACACACACACACACACACACACACACACACACACACAUACACACACACACGGCAACAAAAACCAACAAUAAACCAGCAGGUUCAAAGUGUUUUUCCAUCAUGUUUACUCUCCAUUUAUACAACCAACCUUCAGGUGCUUUUUAAACUCUGCUCUUUUUUACAGUGCUGUUGCAGGUCAUUCAAACAUAUACACACACACACACACACACACACACACACACACACACACACAAACUCGGUGCCGACUUUCAUGCUUCUCUAAACUCCUUCCGCUACAAAGACUUCACUAACACACACACACACAUACAAGCAUACACACUGUGUUUUAGCCGGCCGCCUGUUGCCAUCAGGCUUCCCACGGUGCCGCUGGGUGUGACAUCACCACCCAGCGUCACUUGGUGCUCCCAAACCCUCACCUGCCACCCCACCCCACCUAACCCCACCCCACCCCACCCAGGUGCUGCAUGUCAGUCAGUCAGUGUAAUCUCCAAUUCCAUGUUAGAUUAGGGAGUAAUGAUAAUAAAAAUAAUGGUAAUAAUAUUACAAUAAUAAUCUGUUAUUGUGUGUGUGUACUGUUCCAGGUUGGUGCUCAGUUCAGUUCAGUCUCAGCCUAGAGGGGAGAGAGGGAGGCUAGAGAAAGCAUAUAUUACAGUUAGUAUAGUGACUUGUUCUUUUGUAUCCGAGGAUGCCAGAAGAAAUUGUUUAAGUGAUGAGCUACAGGACACUCUCAAACAAGAGACGAGUUGAAAUAACGCUGAAUGAAGUGUUGUGAAACAGAUGCCUGAGAUAUACCUAUAAAUUAUAACAACUUCAUCAAUAAAGAACCAGAAAUCAGGCCUGUAAUCAGUCCUGUAUUUUGCUUCCCUAAGUUGAAGCGCAAUACAGACGUGUCCACUGGUUACCAAACAUUUGAUUGAAGAUGUUCAAUUUGCUAUUAUAUUAGAAAAUCUGAAAAUACUUGUUUUGUUAAUUUGCACAUGCUAAAACUAAACUAAUGAUGCACAAACAACGAUGAUAAUUAAUGUGCAGAGCGGAGAAAAAGCCUCUGUAAAAUAUAUACAAGCUACAACAGUUGUUCACAACCUUGUCAGUGGAUACUAAGAUCAAUCUGAGGGGGUCACAAGAUGAUUAAAGGGUUAAAGACUUUACUUUUUGUUACUCUUAGUCAUAUUUCUUGCUUCUCAGUGAAACAUUAGAUAGCUUCUAAAAAGAAAAUGAGACAAAUGCAAUAAACAAAAGUCACCUACUGAGGGUUCACAUUGCUGUAUUUUCACAAGCCAAAAAGGUUGGGGAUUACAAUGUUAUAACAUUUAAAAAAAUAUAUAUAGAAGAUUAUAGAAUAGAGUUUUAUAUAUUUUUUUCUCCAUACAUUUGGACCUCUGCACUGUAUCUGCUUGAAAACUGACCUUUGCUGAGUAAAUAAAUUUGAAAAUAAGACAUGAAAUUAUCUUGUAGACUUCACUCUUUGAGUUUUAUCUUGUAUAUAAAAGUAUGAAUUUGGAAAACAACAAUAAUAAUAAUAAUUUGGUAAUAUCAUAGAUUGCAAGAGGCCAAGUUUUCUGAAAUUGGGAAGACAAACCAAAAAACUUGUGAGCCCCUGGCUUCUUUUCAGCUCAUUUUUGUAUUCACCAACAACAGAGCUGGUGUUAUUUCAACAUGUAUCUGUUUGAGAGUGCAGUCGGAAAGAAGCGCGAGGGAUGGAGUCGAUAUUUUUAAAUGACGGGUGACACGGUGAUGAUGUUUCUGUUCGCCUAUCGACAGCUUUAAGGCUGAGUGAUGCGUUGUUUUAAACACUGAUACACUUACAAACAAAUACACACAAAACACUGUUAAUGACACACAGAGCGAACAGCGCUCAGACGCAGAGAUACAUGCACAACACCUACAAAUACAAUGCUGUGGCGCAUGCAGACACUCAUCUCAUGGACUAAAUGAAAGAUGAGAUUUUAGGAAAAAGGAGGACCUGGUGGUGUUUCAAAAGGUGCUAAAAUUUUAUCUGAAAAUAAGAAAAAUAUAUUGUUAGGAAUAUAAAUCAAGUUUGUCUUUACAAUGACUGUAUUUAAGUUUGUCGUAGUAAUGAAAAGGCACUAUUAUUAUUUUACUCUUGUAUGAAUAUGAACUAAUUAAAAAGGCAUUUUAACUUUGUACUUGAACAAUGUAAGAAAUGAACCGUGAAUAAAAAAGGACUGUUUCUUGUGA